CAUCCUUCACGAUCCUCUGAAGGGAACAGGGUUUUCCCUCCUUAUUAUUAUUAUUAUUAUUUUAUAUUUAUAUUUUGAGAAGGUUGGAAUUCAGGGAAAUGAAGCACAUUACCUCUCAGUUGCUCUUCAUCACUGGAGUGUUGCUGGGAUUUCUUUCCCUACAUUCACUUAUGUUCUCUUGGAGAAAUGUCACUGAUCGGGAAGUUAACAGACAAGUUCCACAACAUAUCCAUACAGUAAUUCCAGGUGAGCACAGGGAAGCAGCAGCCAAUCUCUCCCAGUCAACGCGAAUCCUGUGCUGGAUCCUGACAGGACCCAAGUACCUGCAGUCCCGGACCAAACACAUCAAAGAAACAUGGGCCAGGCGCUGCGACAAAGUACUGUAUAUGAGCUCUGUGAAGACUGAUUUCCCCACCGUGGGGCUCGAUGUGGAUGAGGGGAGGGAAAACCUUUACUGGAAGACAAUCAGAGCCUUUCAGUAUAUCCACCAGAACCACUUGGAUGAAGCCGAGUGGUUCCUGAAAGCGGAUGAUGACACAUUUGUUGUCGUUGAGAAUCUACGUCACGUCCUAUCGAAAUAUGAUCCGGAGAAACCCUUGUACCUGGGGAGAAGAUUUCGCCCCUUUGUCCAGCAAGGCUACAUGAGCGGAGGUGCAGGUUAUGUCCUCAGUAAGGAAGCAGUGAAAAGAUUUGUCAGGGGCUUCAAAAGUGGGGAAUGCACCCAUUUCUCAGACAUUGAGGACAUGGCUUUGGGGAAAUGUAUGGAGACCAUGAAGGUGGAUCCUGCAGAUUCCAGAGACCUGAAAGGGCGACAAACAUUUCAUCCCUUCCCACCCGACUAUUAUGUGGUCAGGCAGCCCCCAAGACCACGGCCCUGGUUUCUGAUUUAUGAAUACUACACUCCAACAGAGGGUCCAGAAUGCUGCUCUGACUUUAUAGUGUCAUUUCACUAUAUUUACGCUGUUCAGCAGUACACUUUGGAGUACUUCACAUAUCAUCUGCGGCCAUAUGGAUACAAAUACAGAUAUAAUCCCGAUAGCCAAACUAAAAAUAAUGCUCCCAGUUAACAUGUCAGCAUCUGCAUGACAACCUGUGCACUCAUACAGCUUCUGCAAAGCUGAAGGGAGAUAGAUGGAGGGCAGUACUAUACUUCCUCCAGUGUACAAGGAUAUGGGUGGAAUUAUUCAAAGUUUCUGCUGGUUUCAGGUUUUUAAGAAUUUUAAGACAUUUAAAGCCCAUUUUAAUGCUGCCUGGCAAAUAAAUACAAGAGCAACUUAAAAACUGAAAAAUAGAAACAAAUUUUUUGGACCAGCCUAUUUCCAACUGACCAUGGAUGAUGAAAACUGCAAAACUAUAAAAUGGACAAGCAAAAAAAAGGUCAGAAGAAAAUGACUUGCAGGGGGAUAGAACGUGAACCAAGAACAUUCCCCCCGCUGUUACACCCCCACCAACCACCUGCACUGUCGACACCUGGCAGGAUGGAUCCAUAGAUUUGUGUUGUUCGCACUAAGUUGAGACUGUCCUCCACCAAAGAUUUUACCAUCAGGGAUCAAUAAACAUAUUAGACGAUAGGAUCAAAUGACUUAUGUGGUCAUAUGGGUUGGAGGACUUGUUGCUAAAUUUGUUUUUCAUUCAUUUGUGGUGAAUAAGGGCCCUCUCACAUCUACCUCAUUUGGUCCACACAUAGAUUUUUUUUUUUUUACUGUGAUUCGAACCAAAAUUACAGGUUUGAAACCUCCCUCAGACCAUGGUCAGGACCAAACAGCCAAACCUUAGUCUAACGACAAGAGGUGGUCUCAGUCCAGAUCAAGCUAAACCAUGGUUCAGUUUGCUUUUCGUGUGAAACCUUUUCUGGAUGGCGCUCGUACAGCUGUGCGCAAUGGGUAAAAUCAACCCCGUCUCCUUAAUGGGAACAAAGUUAACACUCUCAAGCAGACAGAAACGUCUGAGUUAAAGUAGCAACAUUGUAGCAAAUUUGAACUUUUUUGUGUUGUACUUGAAGUUGGUGCUGCUGGUAGUAAUGCCAUACAGUCAAAACCAAAUGAAUCAGUUUUUUUUUUGUUUGUUUGUUUUUUGAGUGAAUCUGAUUUUUUCUGUGUUCAUUCAAAUGGUGAUAGAAGACUACCUGCUAAACUGACAACAAGCCAACGUCAGACGCACGCCUGGCUACAAACCAAUCAAUGUCAAGUGUAGGAGGAUGCAACCCACGUAAGUGAUGAUGACAUAAGUAUGUCAUGCACAGUUCUUUGGUGUACUCAUAAUUUUAACAUAUGACAACCCAGUCCAGGUAACCUGAAUAAUUAAUUUAAGAAAGGAAUUUCUUCUUGCC